AUGCCCAAGUCCCCGAGCAACAUCUCAAGCUCGUGCAUGUUCAUCUGGAGAUACUUGAAUGGUGAAGAACUUGUGGGACCCAUGCCCGAUUGGGAUUACUGGGUUGAUGUCCGCGACGUGGCGAAGCUGGUUGCCUGGGCCUUCGACCAUGGUGAUGAGGCGGACGGCGAGAGGUACAUCUCAAAGACGACAUGGGCGCCACCUCAAGCGACGGCCGACAUCCUCAGGCCAGAGUACCCUACUCUUUCUAUAAAACAGGGUCGUCCAGGCGAGGGCUAUUUGCCAGGUUGGAAGACACCGCGGGAGGCUGACGUUGAUGGAUCCAAGGCGCUGAGGGCGGUUGGUGGAGACUACGUUCCAUAUGGUCAGUCCGUCUUGGAUACGGCAAAAUCAUUUGAGCCGUUGAUGAGGAAGCUUUAA